UUUGUAGUAGUAAAUAAAAGGGCUUAAAUUAUAGUCGGUGAGAAAUUAUAAUUGUAAUCAAAAAAUGAUACUUAUUGAUUAAUAGUUAGUUUAAUAAUAGAUUAUUAAUCCUAAUUUUAAUUUUUAAUAGUAAAAUAUUCUCACUUAAAUUAUACCAUUGUUUGAUGUUUCGUCACAUUAACAAUAUUUAGAUACUGGAAAAUUUAAAAAGUUCUUUGAAGUAAUUGAAGAAUUAGGAAGAGGAGGUUUUGGUAGAGUAUAUAAAGCUAUGUGUAAAGUUGAAUAAAAAAUAUAUGCAAUUAAAUAAAUUGCAGUACCUUUUGAACCUGGUUAAAAUCCAACAGAACAUAAAUAUUAUAGAGAAGUAAAAAGUAUGAACAGUCUUAAUCAUCCAAAUAUUGUUAGUUAUAAUACAAGUUGGUGGGAAGAAUGUGAUGAUGAUAUGAUGAAUCAAUUAUAACUUUUUAUUUAAAAUUAAAAUAUUAGUAAUGCAAGUAGUUUUGAAGCUUAGGUUAAUAAUAAUAAAAGUAAUCAUCAUUAUUAGAUUAGUAAUGAAAAAACAUCGAAUAAUUAUAAUGAAAGUGUCCAGGUUUCUUGCAUUGAAUGGGAAUAAACUAAUGAAAAUAAAAACAAUUUAAAUGAAAGUUAGAGUAACUCAUAAUUAAUUGAUAAAAUUACUAAAAUGGAAUCGGAUUCUUAAGAUUAAUAUUACUAUUAAGAAUAAUAAUAAAGUAAAUACAGCGCUAUUCAUAUAACAAAAUAAUCCAAAAUUUUAGCAUUAUUUAUAUAAUUUGAAUAUUGUUCUGGAAAAACAUUAAGAAAUUAUUUUGAAGAAUCAAAAGCCUUCAAAUAUAUUACUAUAAAAUAGAAUAAUAAAAAUAGGAGAUUUUGGGUUAUCCAUAUAAAAAAAAGAAAAAUACAUUAAGAAAAUUAUAAUGAGUAGCAUUUACCUGAAUUAAAUAAAUAAAACUCUUUGAGUAAUAUACAUACAGGAAAUGUUGGAACUCCUUUUUAUAUGCCUCCUGAAUAAUAAAAUAUGACAGGAUAUUAUGAUGAAAAGAUAGAUGUAUAUUCUUUAGGAAUUAUUCUGUUAGAAAUUAUUUAUAAAAUGUAAACUUAUCAUGAAAGAUUGAUAACUGUAAAUUAACUUAAAGAAAAGAGAUAAUUACCUAAUGAAUUGUAUAAAGAAUAUAAAUAUGCCUAUCUGGAAGUUUUUAGAGGACACUAACUUCCAUUAGCUAGAGUUAAAAAAAUAAUGAAAUCUGAUGAAGACGUAAGAAUGAUAAGUGCAGAAGCCCCAGUUUUAUUUGCAAAGGCAUGUGAAAUAUUUAUUAUUGAAUUAACUCAUAGGGCUUGGUUAUUUACAGAGGAAGGAAAAAGAAGAACUUUAUAGAAAAAUGAUAUAGCCGCAUGUAUAUAUAAUACAGAAAUUUUUGAUUUUUUAAUUGAUGUUGUUCCUAAAGAAGACGUGAAAUAAAAUCCUUAUAUUUAAAAUAAUUAAUAAGAAUUAUUAUAGGCUUAAAAUCCAAUAGGACCA